AGUUUCCCGAGGUUUUUCCCCUGAUUUGUUUUACCUCUCAUUUGUUUCUUCCCCUCUUUGCAUUCUCACUUUCUCGCCAAGAUGAAGAAUGGCUUGUAUUCUGUGCACUCGUUUGAGUAGGCUCGAAAGAAUGAGUAUGCUCGUGACAGUCGCUUUGCUCGAGUUACCUCAUCGCACUUGUCUUCUCGUAGUUCUCGAAAACUAAAGUUUUUUUACAGGUAGUUAUCGUUUCUAAUGACUUAAUUUGCCCAAUGUGUCUUAAUGUGUCUUGUAGGCUGGAUUUUUUAGUAGUUCAAUGUCAAUUUAUUUUCCUUUCGCGCGUUCGUCCAGUCCAUUCUAUACGUUCCAGCAGUGGAGCUGAUAUGGAGAAUGGCAACGAGAAUGGGGAUCUUUGUCGUGGUUGCCUAGCACGUAGCGAGGAUGGGGCGUGGCAAAAAGUCGGGGUCUCCUCCCCCCAAGCGAGGCGCGCAGAAUCUCGCGUCAGCACCAACAAGAAGGAAAGAGUCAAAGUCAAGUCCUCCAGAUGUUGAUACAGCUGCUUCGGUCGCUGCAGGCCAAUCAUCAUCAUGCGCACCGACCGUACCUGUUGAUGUUGAAGCAUCGUCUGCGCAGCGGAGCAAAGUCGUGAUGACUUUGUCAGUAGGUGAUGGAACAAGACCACAUGUAGUUGCAAAGGAACCAGAUGGUGUCAAAGCGGGCGAUGCCUCAGCUGGUGAUGCGAAGGGAUCAAGAAGUCCUACAAUACGACCGGACGCCGACGGCUCCGAGGCUGGCGCUCAGGACCUACAGGACGACGAAGCCAACGCGAGUCGUCAAGGUUCGAGAAUUCUAGAGCGUCUACCACCGGUGAUGAGAGCGCUGCCAGACCAAGUACACGAGCUGAUGCCAGACUGGCAGUCUAUCAAUCUAGAUCGUGCACGCGAGCGGUUCGAGCAGGCGCGCGAGUCUUUAGAAUCCCUCGAUCUAGGAGAGAUGAAAGUGCUGACGUCUGCUCGGGAGCGGGUGCUAGAAGCGAGGGAGUCUAUCGGCGAACGCGUGCUAGAAGCGAGGGAGUCUAUCGGCGAACGCGUGCUAGAAGCGAGGGAGUCGAUUGGUGAACGUGUGCUAGAAGCGAGGGAGUCGAUUGGUGAGCGCGUGCUAGAAGCGAGGGAGUCUUUCGGAGACAUCACUGA